AUGUUGACCAAGACUGUUGCACGUAUUUCAAGAGGUAUAAUUCAGCAAAAGAGAUCUUUGUCUUUGCAUGAAUUCCGUUCGGCUGCAUUAUUGAAGUCUUAUGGAGUUGGUGUACCAAAUGGCGAGGCAGCUACAACUCCGCAAGGAGCUUUUGAUGCUGCUAAGGAUUUGGGCACUGAUAAGUUGGUCAUAAAGGCUCAAGCUUUAACUGGAGGAAGAGGUAAGGGUCACUUUGAUUCUGGAUUGCAAGGUGGUGUCAAGUUAAUCUCAUCUGCUGAGGAAGCUAAGGAUUUAGCUGAAAAGAUGUUGGGUCACAAAUUGAUCACCAAACAAACUGGUGCAGCAGGUAAGAAGGUCACUGCUGUAUACAUCGUCGAAAGAAGGGAUGCCAAGACUGAAGCCUAUUUAGCGAUUUUGUUAGAUAGACAUUCUCAAUUGCCAAUGAUCGUCGCUUCUGCUCAAGGUGGUAUGGAUAUAGAAGGCGUUGCUGCUAAAGAUCCAGAUGCAAUCAAGACUUUUUCAAUCCAAUUGGAUGAAGGAGUGACCGAUAAGUUGGCAACAGAGAUUGCUUCCCAAUUGGGCUACACCGAAGAAGCUGUUCCCGAAGCAGCCAAGACUGUUCAGAAUUUGUACAAGGUCUUCAUGGAGAGAGAUUGUACUCAAGUUGAAAUCAACCCAUUAUCUGAAACGCCAGAUCACAAGGUAUUAGCUAUGGAUGCGAAGUUAGGCUUUGAUGAUAACGCUGCAUUCCGUCAAAAGGAAGUGUUCUCAUGGAGAGAUCUUUCUCAAGAAGACCCAGAUGAGGUUGAAGCCUCUAAGUAUGGUUUAAACUUUAUCAAAUUAGAUGGUAACAUUGCAAACAUUGUCAAUGGUGCAGGUUUGGCUAUGGCAACUAUGGAUAUCAUCAAAUUAUAUGGUGGUGAGCCUGCUAAUUUCUUGGACUGUGGUGGUACUGCCACUCCUGAAACAAUUGAAAAGGCUUUCGAAUUGAUCUUGUCUGAUAAAAAGGUAAAUGGAAUUUUCGUUAACAUCUUUGGCGGUAUUGUUAGAUGCGACUACGUUGCUGAAGGUUUAAUUGCUGCUACAAAGAAUUUCAAGUUAGAUAUCCCAGUCGUUGUCAGAUUGCAAGGUACGAAUAUGACCAAGGCUAAGGAAUUAAUUGAAAAGUCUGGAUUGAUGUUAUAUCCAUUUGAAGAUUUGGAUCCAGCUGCUGAAAGAAUCGUUUCAUUGGCACCACCAGUAAAAGCAUGA